AUGGCACCGUUGAAAAGACAAGAAGCUUUCUGCUGCAACACCUCGUCUCGCCUCGCACUUUGUUUACCUCCACCAGCUGUUGUCAGACACCCUCGCCUGCCAUUCCUCUCCAACCACACACGAGACCUGCGUGCCAGUGACCUCUGAAGAGAAGGUGUGAGUGUGAGACCGUGGUGGUGAGAGGCGAGAUGGGCGUGAUGGGGCGCGUGGUGGCGGCUGAUGACAGCCUUCAGGAGAAGCUGACAGCCCUGGCCAAGGGAUGCAGUUUUCAGAUCGGCCUGCUCAUAGGACAGAACACAAGUGAGAAGGACAUAGUGGUCCACCUAGCACCAACACCUGUGCCAGACGAGGGCGACCUGAGUUCAGAGGAGGAGGAGGCAGUGCCGAGCCCCAGACAUGAAGCCAACAAGCCCAAGUUCCCUGAUUCCAUCCCCAAGGUGGUGGAGAGCACAGUGUCCCAGCAUGCUCGCCAGGUUGUGCGAAUGCUGCCCGGUGGCCUUGACAUCAUUGGGGUGUAUGUGGUGACACCCCUGGCUGACUUCACCACAUCCACCAGCCAGUCCAAGCUGCGCUCUAUUCUGGCAGCCACACACAAAACGACCUCAAGGAUCCUUCUUGAAACAGCAGAGACAAAGACUGAAAAAGUUAUCAUACAUGUGUGCACACAAUCCUUCAAAAUUGUGUGUAAGACGCUGGACAUUUCCGCCACGGCUUCCAGCACACAAGAAAAUGCUGAUCUCAAGUUCCAGCGAGGGGGCAGCAAAUGGCAACAGCUCAGUUAUGCUUACAACAUCAGUCUUAACUUUUGGCUUCCCAAGGACAAGCCAUCACAGUCACUCUAUAAGACUAUAAUAAGUCUCAUUAAGCCGUGGGCAAAGAGUGUGACGCAGAGUCUGAUCCUCAUCGACUCGGAGCUCCCGGAUGAUGAAGAGCCCCUUGAUUCCACAGUGGAGGAGAAGCCAACAAAGAAGAAGGGAGGAAAUAGAGGUCUCAUGGAAUUUGUUCCCCCGAAAGCCUAUAAAGUGGAAAUCCUUGACCCAUGCAUCCCAGUCUUGCCUUCCAGUGGCCUGACUGAAAUGAGUGGCAGCAUCAGGCUCUCCGGUACACUGGCAGGCCUGGCUUUUGUUCAUUCCAAGGCCACAGUGGGGGAGGCUCGAGCAGCUGUGUUGGUGGACUUGGUGAGGUCUGUGGUGUCUCGCUGGGAGAUGCACUGUGAUUCCCUUGUGGAGGAGCCGCCCUCACACCUAAUCGGCCCCAUUAUACAUGAGCCUCCGAGGCGCGUCUUUCUGGAAGGUGGUGGGCUGCCAGUGAGCUUGUGUGACUAUCUUUUCCCGGGAGACAGCUGUGCUGAUGCCUGCCAGUCUGCCAAGGAGCUGCUUGGCCUCAAGAUAAGGAAGGAACAUGUUGAUGACUCACAGGAAACUUUAGCAGAUGCCUCUGAAGUGAUGUGCCAUGGAGACAUCAGUGUGGGUAGUGCUGAGGAGCUGGAGGCCCAGGGUGGCAGCAGAGAGGGUCCCUGCUCCUCCACACAGCUCCUCCUGGUCCUGGCUGUGGCGGCUGUGGGAGUGGGUGUGUCCUUUGUUAGUCUACAAGGGUCGCAAGUGUUAACAUAGGUGACAAGUUUUAUAGUCCAAUGUUAAUAAAUCACAGUAACUGAAUUAUUGUUAUGGUCUAAACAGAGAUCCUUAAAUGUGUAAGCAGACUUUUAUAUUGUGUAGGGUUUCGUAAAUUGUUUUGGGUGGGAGUAUUUCUUGAGGCUUUUGAUUUUUGCAGUUAUAGUGUUGUAUAGCAGGCUCAUCAGGGCUUGCUUUGUUCAUUCCUGGUAUGUUGGUGGUUCUAAUAAUGUUUGUGCUCUCUGUAUAACUUACGGAACUUUUGUCCUUAGUGUAUAUAUGGUUUUAAGGUGCAAGUGUGAAAGUAGGAUGAAAGCUUCCAUUUCAUGGUGUUGUAGUUUUUGGUUACCUCUUAUGAUUAGAGUCUUGAUCCAUUGUGAUGCUUAACAGAGACAACCAGUUUGUGUCAAUGAUGGAAGUGAUGUGUCCCUUCCUCUAGGCACUCUUUGCACCAUUAUUAUCCAGGCUCACACAUCAUGUGGUAUGUGUGGUCAUCAAUUUUCUGUGUAUUUUUGUCAAGAGUAAACCUUGUCCGUGCAUUGCUAUGUGAGUGUUGGAGGGUCUUGUUCUCAUCUGUUUGGCUUCUUAUGCAGCUAAGGGGAGUGUUUAUGAUGUAUCAGUAUGCAUCAGUGUGGGGACCUGUGCAUGUUGGUCAAAUUGUGGUGUUGCCAUCUUCAGUGAUUUUGCUGCUUGAAUCAGUUGUAUUAGUUAAAGAAAGGUGAGUUAGGUAUUCAGAAUGAUAAUACAUCAAGAUUUCAAGGUUUUCAGAUUAAUAGUCUCAUAUAGUAUUGGCUUUGCCAUAACUAAAAAUCAGAGACAUUCAAGAUCACAAUCCUUUCAAAUAUUUGCUGUGACAAGAUUCCCUUCAUGAAAGUGGCAUUUACUCAUCUUUGAACCUUUUCACUAUGAUAUGCAACAAUUCACAGGACUAAAGGUAAUGCAUGGAGUCUUUAUAAGCAUCCACAAGAAAGAAGUGGAUGAAAAAGAAUAGAUUUUGUAAUUUCUGAGCAUUACAGUGCUUGGAGAUGGCUGGAAAACAAGAGUUAAUGAUAAAAAAAAGAUGUGGCAAAUAGCAGGGAAAGGGUUAAUGGCAGCUCUAAAGAGUAAAGAGUUUGCAGUGGUAGAGAAACACUUGUGUGUGCAAAACAAAACACCAAGAAGGACAGGGGGAAGAUAUGAGUGGUCAGGGCUUCCCAUCAAACCCUUCCCCACACCUCAGCAGUCCCCAGAUCAAAGAUAAUCAAAUGCUUCGUGCCUCCCUUUCCCCUUGGAUGAUUGUGUAUUGUUUUUAUAAGACUUCACGAGUGCUAAUUCCCGUCUUGCAUAAUUGUUCUCAUGGGAAAGUUAGGUUUUGGCCUAUUCGUUUUAGUAUUCAGUCUUUAAUUUCAUCGCACGCUAUGGUAAAGCUAAGUAAAGAAAAUGUAGUAUGUUGUUACCAUAGAUGCAUUGUGGAGAGAUCUGCAUUACUACAGCAUUGUGCAUCAUACAUACUUUAUUUUUAACAUGGUGUAUUUCUCAGCCAUGUUCUAUAUUAUGGGAUGGUUCAAAUUGUAAUGUUAACCUUUUUAUAUGGUCGAGUUAAGAUGGCCUUGUUGGCGUUUUGGAAAGGGUCCAUAUUAGCUACAUUAAAGUGUAUUUACCAUG